GGCAAUAAAGGUAAAUUAUUUAUCCUUAAAAAGAAACACAAAUCUUAUAUAAUCAAUUGAGACACUAGACAUAAGAAGAGAUAUAGAGAUCUGGUCAUUUGGAAGAUUAGCAAAAAAUGGCAUCAUCGGAGCAAAAGUUGGUAGAAGAAAACGGGUCGGUGAUUUCAAGCUUGUUGGAUAAAGCCAAAGGUUUCAUUGCGGAGAAGCUAGCCAAUAUUCCAACGCCGGAAGCCACCGUUGACGACGUUGAUUUCAAAGGCGUGUCACGUCAAGGUGUUGAUUAUCACGCCAAGGUCUCCGUCAAGAAUCCUUACUCUCAAUCCAUCCCUAUUUGCCAGAUCUCUUACAUCCUCAAGAGUGCCACAAGGACGAUCGCAUCGGGCACGAUACCGGACCCGGGUUCGUUGGUCGGGAAGGGCACCACGGUUCUGGACGUACCGGUUAAGGUGGCUUAUGGCAUAGCGGUUAGUCUAAUGAAGGACAUCGGCUCGGACUGGGACAUUGACUAUCAACUUGACAUUGGUCUAACCAUCGACAUUCCUGUUGUUGGUGACAUUACCAUUCCUGUGUCUACUCAGGGUGAGAUCAAGCUCCCUUCCCUUCGCGACUUCUUUUAAUUUCAACUGUGUUCUUCUUAAUUAUAAUCUACUUUUCAAUAAAACAUAGACGACCACAUGAAUGUUUCAGUCUGGAUUUCUCUUUUGUUGGUUUUGUUAUUGGGUUGUUUAAGUACUUUGAUUGGUUAUUUAUGUUUCCGUGGUAUGUGA